CGGACUCUACCGUCCCAUUUUAUUUGUAAUAAACAAACCUACACUUAAUUUAUAAGAAACGUCACCGUUUCUUGUAUCCAUAAUAAUAGAAAAAAAUCUUUUAGCAGUCCACAUAUCCCAGGAUCCUCCUCCUCCUCCUCCGCCGUAAACCACACACGACACAAAGUUAUUACUUCACCAGGACUAGAAAGACUCAACACACCAAACACACACAUUAGAACUACAAGAAGAAGAGGGAAGCAAGCAAGCAAGGUCAAUCCUGUAAUUUUCAUUGAGAUCAACCCCCCAAACUAGCCGGAGCCUGGAGUCGAGAGGUAAUGAAAGGCUAGAAAUUAGGGAUUCUAUUGUGAGAAAGCAAACAUGGUAGGGAGUGGGAGUUCACCAGCAACGGCGGCGCUAAGUGGCUUACAAGAUCACUUGAAAUUGGCAAGAGAAUAUGCUCUUGAAGGCCUCUAUGACACUUCCAUUAUCUUCUUCGAUGGUGCCAUUGCUCAGAUCAACAAGCAUCUAACGACGCUUGACGACCCUUUAAUUCGUACAAAAUGGAUGAAUCUGAAGAAAUCCCUUUCCGAGGAGACUGAAAUUGUAAAACAAUUGGAUGCUGAUAGAAGGGCUUUUAAGGAAGCUCCUGCUGCCAGGCGCGUUGCUUCUCCCCCCAUUCAUGCUAAAUCCUCCUUUGUUUUCCAGCCAUUAGAUGAGUACCCUACUUCCUCUGCCGCUCCCAUCGAUGAUCCUGAUGUUUGGAGGCCGCCCAGUCGGGACACUACCAGCAGGAGACCCACUAGAGCUUCCCAAGUAGGUUUAAGGAAGUCGCCACAAGAUGGGGCCUGGGCUCGUGGUGCUUCCACUAGGACGGGUACCACUGGACGUGGUGCCAAGACCGCUGCUUCAAGUAGGGUGAAUUCGGGAGUCAGAGCGUCGACAACUGGAAAGAAAGGCACGGGCACUGGAAAAUCUGGAAGAGGAGACUCAGCUAAUGGUGAUGCUGAAGAUGGAAAGAGGAGGCCACAAUAUGAGGGACCAGAUCCUGACUUGGCUGAGAUGCUUGAAAGGGAUGUCUUGGAAACUACUCCUGGUGUAAGAUGGGAUGAUGUUGCAGGACUCAGUGAAGCAAAAAGACUUCUGGAGGAAGCUGUUGUCCUUCCUUUGUGGAUGCCUGAAUAUUUCCAGGGAAUCAGGAGACCUUGGAAAGGCGUUCUUAUGUUUGGCCCUCCUGGUACUGGGAAGACGCUACUUGCUAAAGCUGUUGCUACUGAGUGUGGUACAACAUUUUUCAAUGUUUCAUCUGCUACAUUAGCUUCAAAAUGGCGUGGGGAGAGUGAACGGAUGGUUCGGUGCUUGUUUGAUCUAGCACGAGCUUAUGCACCAAGUACAAUUUUCAUUGAUGAGAUUGAUUCUCUAUGCAAUGCUAGGGGGGCUUCAGGGGAACAUGAAUCAUCUCGAAGGGUCAAAUCUGAACUUCUGGUUCAGGUAGAUGGUGUAAACAAUAGUUCCACUGGCGAAGAUGGCAGUCGGAAAAUAGUGAUGGUUUUAGCUGCUACUAACUUUCCUUGGGACAUAGAUGAAGCACUGAGGAGGAGGUUGGAAAAGCGUAUAUAUAUUCCACUUCCAAGUUUUGAGAGUCGUAAGGAGCUUAUUAGGAUCAAUUUGAAAACUGUCGAGGUGUCCACUGAUGUCAAUAUUGAUGAGGUUGCUCGCAGGACAGAUGGAUACAGUGGAGAUGAUCUAACUAAUGUUUGCAGAGAUGCUUCUUUAAAUGGGAUGAGGCGAAAGAUAGCGGGCAAGACACGAGAUGAAAUUAAGAACAUGCCUAAGGACGAGAUUUCAAACGAUCCUGUUGCAAUGUGUGAUUUUGAAGAAGCCUUGCGGAAGGUUCAGCGCAGUGUUUCCCCAUCAGAUAUCGAGAAGCAUGAGAAGUGGUUCUCGGAAUUUGGAUCAGCCUGAGGGAGAUGAGACCCAUCUUGAGAUGAAGACUCCUGCUGAUUGGUAUUUUCUUUACACUUGUUUCACUGGGAAUGAUAUUUGUAUUUUGGCAUUGAUUUGAUUGAUUGUAACCCAUUUGUUGGAAAGGGCUAAUAUUAUUGUGUUGUUACUGUAACCUCCUGUAAUGUAAUGGAAUUCCUUUUGACAA